GGCAUUCUUCCAGGACUGUCAAGGAGGCCGCAGCCGCCACUGCAGCCAGGAGAAGGCGAGAUGUUUCCGUGCAGAGUAGGCAGGAAAUGAACGAGGAUGAAGGUGCUGCUGCUCGGCAGCCGAUCCUCCAAACCGGAAAGUCGAGCCGGGCAGAUAGCAUCUGUGGAGCAAAAGGCUCGGGCAGGGGCGGGAGAGCUGGGCUGGGCCCGCACGGCUGCCGGCAGCGAGGGUGGGGGCGGCUGAUGAGAAGCAGAACCGGCGGCUCGGAGGAGUCCCGCAGCUGGAAGGAAGUGGCCAUUAGGCACCCCACACCGCCGCUCACGAUGAGGGGGCGGAGGGUGCCGCGGCUGAGCAACACCUGAGACUCCCUGCGUGGCACUGGGCCACAGAUGGUGCCCAGGGGGCCAGCGCUAGCAGCGGGUCCCACUGAGGGGGCGCAACACCUCCCAGUGAGCAGGAAAAUUGCUCCUGCAGAACCCCAGAGUAGAGGAACUGGCUAAUUGUGCGUGGAUGCUCUGGCAGGCCUGAGCAGAGGCAGCCUCGCACCUCACCGGGAGCAGAGGUCCCUGGCUGGGCUCCAGAAGGCAGCAAGAUGGCAGAGCUGACCCCAACCAAGAUCAACUGGCAGGUCCCAACCAACUCACAGGCGCAUCACACCGACCGCUUUGUCUGCUCGGAACUGGUUGUGCGUCGGGGGCAAAACUUCCUCAUCACCGUGUACUUCAACCGGCCUCCUCAGUCCGGGGAGACCGUGGCUCUCGUCGCUGAAACAGGCCAAGUCCCUUCCGAGGCCAACCACACCCGGACCACCUUUGCUGUUUCCGGAGUACAGGCUGGCGGCGGCUGGAGCGCAGUGCAGAGCCCCGGGGGGGACGCCAACGCCGUGACCUUCUCCAUCUCCAGCCCCCCCACAGCCACCAUCGGGCGCUACAAGCUGAGCACACAGGUGACCUGCGGCAACAAGGUGUCCACCCGGCUGCUGGGCCAGUUUGUCCUGCUCUUUAACGCCUGGUGCACAGGCGACCUCGUCUUCCUCCCAAACGAGGCAGAACGGCAGGAGUACGUCUUGAACGAAAACGGAAUCAUCUUUGUGGGAAAUGCUAACUACAUUGAAGCACGAGGAUGGUACUAUGGCCAGUUCCAAGACAGCAUCUUGAACCUCUGCCUCCUCCUUCUGGAUCUGAGCCUUUAUCACCGCCAGGACUCAGCAGGAGACACGUCCCGCAGAGGUGACCCCAGAUAUGUGGGGCGAGUGGUCAGCUCCAUGAUCAAUGGCAACGACAACGACAACGGUGUGCUGGAGGGGAAGUGGAACGCAGACUUUGCUCACCACGAGAACCCCUCCCGGUGGGACGGAAGCGUGGCCAUCCUCCGGAAGUGGCGGCAGGACAACUACAAGCCGGUCCAGUACGGGCAGUGCUGGGUCUUUGCAGGGGUGGCCGGGACAGCCUUGAGAUGUCUGGGGAUACCCACUCGGCUGGUCACCAACUUCAACUCUGCUCAUGACUCAAAUGGAAACCUGAGCAUUGACAAGUAUUACGACCCUGCAGGAAAGUGUCUCAAGAUCAGCCAGGACUCCACAUGGGACUAUCACGUCUGGAAUGAAGGCUGGUUUGUGCGAAGAGACCUCGGGACGACGUACAGCGGAUGGCAGGUGAUUGACGCCACCCCGCAGGAGAGGAGCCAAGGGGUCUAUCAGUGCGGACCAACGUCUGUCCAGGCCGUGAAGCAAGGGGAAAUACAGCUGUCCUACGACACGACCUUCGUGUACACAGAAGUGAACGCGGACAUCAACCGAUACGUUGUCAAUAAAGAUGGAUCCAAGGUCCGAGCUUAUUGCGACACUUGCUCCAUCGGCGUUCACAUCAGCACCAAAGCCGUGGACAGCAACCAGCGAGUGGACAUCACCCACAAUUACAAGUACCCAGAAGGCUCCACGGAGGAGAGGAAUGUCUACAAGAAGGCCUGUUCCAAGCUGCCGCGAUCCAGCAGCGGGCCCCGGAGCACCCUCGAGGGCGAGUCGGCCAACUUCAGCGCGCACCCGGAGCUCUACGGGAAGUUCAGGCUGGCUCAGCCCCCCGUGCUGGGCAAGGACGUUGAACUCAUCCUCACCAUGGCCAACUUGUCUCUGCUGCCAAAGACAGUCACGGUGAACCUGAGCGUGUCGACCGUCCUCUACACGCGCACGGCAGUGCAAGAGAUCCUGAAGGAAUCCACCACGGUCCAUUUGGAUUCCCAAGAAGAGAAGCACAUCCCCUUGCGCAUCACCUACGGCCACUACGGCGCAUCCCUGACGGACGACAAGAAGAUCCUGGUGACGGCCUUGUGUGACGUGCUGGAGGGCGUGAAGCUGCUGGUGGAGAAGGCCAUCACCUUGGAGAGCCCGGAGAUCUCCAUCACGGUUCCCCCGCAAGUGGAAGUCAACCUACCCACCACGGUGGAGAUCUCCUACACCAACCCCCUCCCGGAGCCGGUGGACGACUGCGUGCUGCUGGUGACGCUCAUGGGCAAGGCCGUCAAGAUCAAUGUGGCCGGACUGGCGCCUGGGGAGAAAUCCAAAAUCUACUUUGAGUUCACACCCCGCACCGCCGGAGGGAUGCAGCUGCACGUGGACUUCUCCUGCAACAAAUUCCACCAUGUCAAGGGUUUUGUGCUCAUGCAGAUCACGCCUCCCGCCUCCCAGUGAUUUGGGGGCGGGGGGGCGGCUGUCCCGUUUCCAGGCCAGCCUGGAGGACGUGCUACUCCGGCACGACUACUAUUAAAAUCCUUCACCCAGCAGAA